AUGAGCAGCCUGUCGCUGACCAAUGAGUCAGAGAACUGCAGCAGCGAGUGCAGCAGCAGCGCCGCCAGCACCACCUCCGACCUCUCCCCAAUGUUGGGCCACAUACCCUCCGCUUCUACUCUCCCCUCUCCCUUCCCCAAUGGACACCACCUGCACCCUACCACACUACCCCACCACUACACCCCACCGCCACCACCACCUCUGCCCCCGAACACACCUCCUCCUCCUCCCCCACCACCAACCUCCCUCUCCAGCCACGGUGUGUGGAAGAAGCGGCAGGUGCGAAGCUUUUUCUGGAAGCCCAUCCCAGAGGAGAAGGUGCGGGGGCAGCCCAACAUCUGGACCAUGGCGGUGCGCUGCCAGCAGCUGUACCAGAUCGACGUGCGCUCCGUGGAGGAGCUGUUCGGCCAGCCGGAGGAAGUGCAGGGCCGGGGGUGUGUGCCCGCCACCAGUGGAUCCUCCUCAGCCCGCAUCACCCGGUCCAGGUCCUUCAAGGAGAACAAGGACAAGAUCAGCAUUCUGGACUCCAAGCGGGGCAUGAAUGUGGGCAUUUUCCUCAGGCAGUUCAAGAAGUCCAAUCACUCCAUCGUCGAGGACAUUCGCCAGGGAAAUGGCAAGCUGUACGGAGCUGAACUCCUCAAAGACCUGCUCAAACUCCUGCCCGAGUCUGAAGAGGUAAAGAAACUGAGGGCGUUCAAAGGGGACUCCAGCAAACUGACCCUGGCAGACUCCUUCAUGUACCUGUUGAUCCAGGUGCCUCGGUUUGAGUUGCGCAUCGAGGCCAUGGUCCUGCGUGAGGAGUUCUUUCAGUCCUGCGCUGUGAUGAGCCAUGAGAUCGAUGUCAUCCGCGUGGCCACCAAAGAGCUGAUGACUUGUGAGGAACUACACGCCAUCCUCCACCUGGUCCUGCAGGCUGGAAACAUCAUGAACGCUGGUGGCUACGCGGGCAAUGCCGUGGGCUUCAAGCUGUCAUCACUCCUCUCGCUGGCCAACACCAAGGCCAACAAACCUGGCAUGAACCUGCUGCAUUUUGUGGCUUUGGAGGCACAGAAGAAGGAUGAGAAGCUGCUGAUGUUCCCUGAGAAACUUCAGGACAUCCAGAGCGCUUCCAGAAUAUCAGUGGAAAACAUUGAGUUGGAGUUCUCGUCUCUCUACGUCAGGACCAGAUCCCUGGAGGAGAAGGUCCAGAGUGACCCAGAGCUCCUGGAGCAGCUGAACCCCUUCCUGCAGUGCUCCACAAGGACACUCCAGGACCUGAAGAGGUGUAGGCUGGACCUGCGGAAGGAGGGUAAAUCGCUUAUUGACUUCUUCUGUGAAGACAAGGACACCUUCAUGCUGGAUGAGUGCUUCCGCAUCUUCCAGGACUUCUGUCUCAAGUUCAAAAAGGCUGUCAAGGAUAACCGGGAGCGGGAGCAUAAAGAGGCGGCCAGGCAGCGGCGUCUCAGAGAGCUGGAGGAGAAGCGCUUUGUCUGGAAUGCCGACCAGCAGCAGGCUGCUGGCGCAGGUAAUGGCGGCUUCGGCCGCAGCAGCAGCGAGAACGACAUGGAUAUGCUCACCAAGGAGGACCUCCUGGACUUCCUCCAGCAGCGUCCCGCCAGCCCCCACAGCCCCCUGGGUCGUUCAGCCAGCGCCCGUCGCCACCGCCACACCGUGGCCGCCAUGGCCGACCGCGAGCUUAACGAAUACCUGGAGCUGUUCGGCAGUGACACGGCACUACCAGCUGACUAUGCCAACAAGUUCAACAGCCUGCCGCGCUCCGGCCGCACCCUCCAUCGGAGAACCGCCACCUGUCUUGUGUCCCAGGAUGACAACCACAAGCUGGGGAAUGGGCAGCAGGUGCUGGCCACGUCACACCGGGCUGAGACGGAGCCCAUCAGCCCCUUGGCCAUGUACUCUUUCACAGGCUUUAAUGCCAGCGAGGAACCGUAUAACAAUAAUAACAAUUACACGACCGUGGCCGAGGGGAGCUAUCUGCCUCGCUCAUGUCAGAACCGUAACGUCUUUCAGAAGACGCCCAACCCCGGAGCGAGCGUCACGGCACACAUGAACGUCAGCGUGAAGAGGCACGCUCUAGUCCUGGGAAUUCAACAGUUUGACCUCCCCAGUCCAAACAAUAACACAAAUCAAAUGCACUUCAUUGACCACAAAGACUUGGUGGUAACGGACUUGGAAAUGAAGACGGAAUCUCCAAAGACACUCAUUUUGGAUACCCCUCCUCCUUGUUCAAAGAGUUUGGAAAGAGGACCAGAGCCCGUGGCGUGGGAAGGUAAAAUGCCGUCCUCUCAGUUUGUGGUUGGCUCGCUUCAGAAGGAGGAAGAGGAGGAAAGCAGCACCGUCUCCUCAACCACCUGUGAUAUGCCCCUCCCUCUUGACCCCUCCGUAUCCAAUAAGACACCGGUGUUCUACAUCUUAGACUGCACAGAAACGGACUGCUCCGUAGCGCUUGACUACUCUGAGAUCGAAAGCUUGCCUCUAAUGAGGGAAGGAUUGGUCCCCGAUGUAAAAAACACUGACUGCAACAACAUCCAGGGGAACCUUCGAGACCCCAGCUCACUAUCCUCCAACUCCAACUUUGAUUCAACAUCCAAAAACAAUCAGUCUGUCUCUGCCUCCACAAAUGAGCUGUCGGUGUCAAAGUCCACAGACGAACGUGCCCCAUCCAUUGGCUCACUCGUCACCACGGAAGAGGGGGACACAGAUAGCUGGGACACAGCAGAGGCUAGGCAGGUGGGCGAGAAAGCUGUACAGACAUAUAGCUAUAAACCAACACACGCCAAGACCAAGAAUGUGUCAAAAGUUUCCAAAAACAGCAAAGUGGGUUGCGGCGUCAGGAUAUUGACCACCACUGAGAACCAGGGCAUGCGGAAGGUGGUGCCCAUCACCAAGCUAAGCCGGACUGGCCGUAAUGCCAGGCGGGUGGAGAGACCCGCCGGAGGCCAUGAGGGUGCCAGGCAGCCGCUCAUCGACAAGAGCUCCCCAGCCAGGGAGAUGGUUGAGAAGACCGGUUGGCCCGCCCGCUACUCCAGCUUGCCCCCAGAGACCAAAUCUCAGGGGAACGCUGCCCUCUCUGGCUGGGCACGUGACCUCAACCUGCGAAAGCCCUCCUUCCGCAAGCCCAGCGCCAAGCCGCUGAGGAACCUGCCCAAGGCACCGCCGGAGGAGAAGAUGUGCCGCUCCACCAUGAGAGCCCUGGCUGCUCAUGCCCAAGGUCAGGUUAGGACACCCUCUGAGGCUAGCGCCCCCGAGACACCUACUCACAGCUCCAAAACCCCAUCAGCCACCCUGCCUGGCUGGGCACGCAACACUGUGGCCUCCUCCUCUCGGACCACCAAGAAGGAACUCGCUCCAACCCUCUCCAACCCCCUGACCCCCUCCAGGAGCCCCUCUCUCCUGUCCCGGAGCAGCUCCCAGAGUCAAGCACCCGCUCGGCCGCAAGCUGCUGCCACAACCACACCUCCUGCCAAAGGGGGACAGCAUUCACCCCGGGGGGAGGAGAAGGAAAAGGCCCAAGAGGGUGGUCUGCAGAGGGUGCAGAGCGUCAGGGAAUCAACUCGGGCGAGCACUCAGCGUAGCGACACCCUCCCAUCGCCACCCACCCGUGAGCGCUCACGCAAGAGCAGCAGCUUCUCCGAAAAAUCUGUCCAAUCCACUACGUCAUGUAGGACCAUCAAGCCCACCUGGAAAUAG